AUGAUUCCUCCACUUGCUGCUUCAACUCUUGCCAACAAUCCUGCCUUUGCCGGUGUGUGGAAUUAUAUCACUACAGAAGUUCUGCAGGAUGACGUGUCGAGGAAAUUGGAGGCGACCGAAAAGGCGACUGGUCGGGCAGGAUGGGACUCGAAUCGUUUGUCGAGCAGAGAUGGAGGAUAUUCCGCUGUGAGAGAAAACCGCGGAUAUGAACCACGCGGAGAGCCAAAACGUGAGAGCGAGGCUUCUGUCACCGGUGAUGAGGAAGAGGAUGAGGACAGUAAUGACAGUUUCGACGCGGGACAGGAAGAAGACAGAGAGUCAAUCGACGACAAUGAUACCAACAGGAUGCCGAUGAUGAUCAUGCUGCAAAGAAAGGGACUGAACGGCAACAAGAAGAUAAAAGAAAAAAAGACAAGGACGAAGAGGAAGGAGUUCAAAGAACAGCUGCACGAAUCCCGCGUCAGAAGGACGAAGAUGCAGAUAUUGCAGUGUUUGCUGGGUGAUCUUGCGUAUCAUCCUGCUUCUAAGGAACAGGAACAGCCAUCGGCGCUGAAGAAGAACGGAAGGUCGGGUCGAGCACUGCCCACUCUAGAUGGGAAGAAUGGUGCGAGUGACGACGGCGCAAGAGUCGGUUUGCAUGCUGCAGAUGAGAACGACGUGCAUGCAAAUCAGUGGGAGACAGACAUGCCAUCUCAGCCGCAGCCACGGAGAUACCAGGGGAGUGUGAAGAUCGAUGAGCGCCAGGGUGAACUGAGAGAUCUACUACUUCUCAUCUCCGCAUAUCUUGAUGUCAGGCUCAGCCCUCAUCCUGACCUUGAUGGCGGUGCUGCUGGUGGUGAUAUGCCAUCUGCUCGGUCUCGAGCACUCAAUGCACUCCUGAUCAGGGCAGGAGAGAAUCCCCUCGCAGACGAGAUUGGGCGGUUCGAAGAGAACAUCUCUCUGGUGGCAGAUAUGGUUGGAACCCGCGUCGUCGAGGUCGAAACUGCACUGUCGGAGAUUGCUGGGCUUGCUACAGCUGGACUUGAAGAACGAGAACAAGAACAAGAACAAGCAGAAAACCAACAUCCAAGAUCAGGCGACAAGACAUCAGUGCCGACUGUGCCGCCAUCAAAAGCAGAAGCGAGGACAACAAUAUCGAGAAUCAAACCGCCAUCAGCGUCAGCGUCAAAGUCGAGACACACACCUCUGACACCAACCCCAGCAAUAUCAUCGCAUCUCCAACCUUCCUCAUCUCAACCACAACCACAAUCACGAUCUCUACAAUCCGGUCUCGAAGCACAAGCCACAUAUCUCACCCAUCUCCGCUCCACGCUCGUCCCAGACCAUGUCUCAGCCCUAACAACCCAACUACACACCCUCCUCGAUCUCCAGCGCACCCUCCUCCAGCGCGAUAUCCAAUAUCUCGAAAGUUCCCGACACGGCAUCCUCCACCGCCACGCUCUCUCGCGACUCACUUUUCUCACAACGGUCGCGCGAGCGAUGGAACUGAAGGCGCGGGUUCUCGUGCUUGAAACCCAGAAGAAGAUGGAGACAGAGGAGACAGGUAUGGACUCGAAUAGUGAUCACGGCGGUAAAAUCGUUGCCGGCACCGGAGCUCCAAUGAAGAGAGAAGAGCCCCACCAUCACCGCCGCCGCGAGAGUCGAAUCGCCGAGCAACUCCGCGAACUAGAUCUCCAGGAAACUCAGGCCGACGAGAGACUCGCCAGGCUAGAAGCGGUACUGGGUGAAUAUGAUAACGAUGCUGUCGAUCCCGGAGGGAGGCUGAUGCUGCGGUUGGGCGCGAGAUAUGGGGAUAUCGAUAGGGAGAUUGCGGAGGUUAGGCGUGAUAUUAAGUUUUUGGAAGGCAAAGUCAUGAAAGGGAACGGGAAUGCGAAGUGA